GCCCGGAUGUAGACGGCGGUCUCCCUCUUGACUCCCCUGCGUAGUCUUUGAUAUAUCCUGCCAUUAGCGGAAGUGUCUGGGAUUCUGCUCCGAUCUUCAAUUUGGUCGUUUGCAAAAGGGGGAGACGGGGCGAACACGGACGCCGUGUGCAUUUAGCCAGUCUGCGCUACUUCUAUCGACUCCAUUCGGCGUCGCCGUGCGUCGUUUAAUGUUUAGCUCUACAUCAGCACGGGGCAUGCGCUGUCAGGUCAGGCUCGUACUACAUCCGACUUGCGUAAUUACUGACAAACUAACAUGAGAAUAGCUGCAUUUUUGGUGAUAGCACGGAUGCGCAUUUAUUUCUAAUGGACGUGUUUUGUUUAUAGGUCUGCGCAAUCAACGUGUACGCCUGCCCGGAAACAGUAGAGGAUUAAGUUACUGCUGCUGGCGGAGGAUUAUUUUUAUUGGCCUCGUCACGCCCGAGUCUUUAGUGAUCCGUUGUCCAAUUAGGAGAAGUCGAAAGCCAGACAUGUCUUUCCGGCGCGGUGUGGUCCGGCAGAGCAAGUUCCGCCACGUCUUCGCCCAGGCGUGGAAAGCUGAGCACUGCAUCGACGACGUCAGAGUGUCCCGCGUGACGUGGGACACCGGCCUCUGCGCGGUCAACCCCAAAUUCAUCGCCGUCAUCAUCGAAGCCGGCGGAGGAGGCUCCUUCCUCGUUGUGCCGAUCAGCAAGAGCGGCAGAGUCGACCAGGCGUGUCCCACGGUGUGCGGCCAUGCAGCACCGGUGCUGGACAUCCAGUGGUCUCCUCAUGACGACAACAUCAUUGCAAGUGCCUCAGAGGACUGCACAGUAAAGGUGUGGCAGAUCCCAGACGGGGGCCUGACGAGCCCAAUGACUGAGGCCAUUGUGAACCUGGAGGGACACAGUAAAAGAGUGGGAAUCCUGGCUUGGCACCCAACCGCUUUCAAUAUCCUCUUGACUGCAGGCUGCGAUAAUGUGAUUUGUGUGUGGAACGUGGGCACGGGGGAGCUUGUGUACCAGCUGAACGACACCCACCCAGACCUCAUUUACAGUGUCUGCUGGAACAAGGACGGCAGUGCCAUCUGUACCGUCUGCAAGGACAAGGCUCUGCGAGUCAUCGACCCGCGACGGGGCACUGUCGUCAAGGUGAAGGAGAAGGUCCAUGACGGCACCAGGCCAAUGAGAGCCGUGUUCCUCUCCGACGGGAAGAUCCUCACCACAGGCUUUAGCCGCAUGAGUGAGAGACAGCUGGCGUUGUGGGAUACGAAGGAUCUCUCUGAGCCAAUGGCAGUACAGGAGAUGGACACAAGUAACGGGGUCCUUCUACCCUUUUAUGACCCUGACACAAACAUGGUGUACCUGUGUGGAAAGGGGGACUGCACCAUCCGGUACUUUGAGGUGACAGACGAAUCCCCGUAUGUUCACUUCCUCAGCUUGUACAGCAGCAAGGAGCCGCAGAGAGGAGCAGGCUUCCUGAGUAAAAGAGGCGUCGAUGUCAACAAGUGUGAAAUUGCCAGGUUCUACAAACUGCAUGAAAGGAAAGUGGAACCCAUUUCUAUGACUGUACCACGAAAGUCAGAUCUCUUUCAGGUAGACCUUUACCCGGACACAGCCGGCUCAGAGCCGGCUCUCCUGGCCGACGAAUGGAUUGCCGGACAGGAUGCACCGCCCCUGUUGGUCUCUCUGGGCGGCGGCUACUCGGCUCCUCCGUCCAAGCACAGAGACACCCUCAGAAGCAAACCCAAGCUGGUCUCGCAGGACUCCGGGGCCGCCCCGCCUUCAACAGGCAAUGCAGCAGCCCCCACAUCCACACCUUGCUCUGCCGCCAAGGAGGCGGAAGAAGAGGUGCCACAGCCGCGAGUAGCCACAAGGGAGACGGAUGGAAAUACCGAAAGGCCGAAGAGAGAGGACGAAUUGUUGAACGAGUUGUUGGCAGAAAUGAAGGCCCUGCGAGCCGUCGUCCUCGCCCAGAGCCAGAGAAUAGAGCUACUGGAGAGGCAGCUGGCUCGAAUCGAGGACGGGGAUGUGUGAGCGAGGCGGAGGACCACUACAUUCGGAGGGCACACUCACUAAAUCCACAGACCGUAGCCUUACUAGAAUCAACAGUACCUUAAGCUGUGCGAGUGGAAGAAUGUAGUGCAGGGGUAGCGACUAACUCUGGAUCACGGUGGCUCACAAACAGGUCAAAUAUUGCGACGAAAAGGAGACAGCUGAUCAUUUCUGUGAUUGUUUUGCAGACUGUGGUUGAGAACCGGGGUUAUCAUCUAGGUAGAGUGAAUUCUGACAGUGAGAUAAUAUUUAGUUUUGUUUUUUUCAUAUGAAGGAGUAUUGUAGCAGCUAUUCGGUGGUACAUAUAGUGCAGCUUUGAGCUUUGCAAAAUCCCCACACUAAUAUUGAAGGGCUUUGAAGGUGUUACAGUUCCAGAAAUGCCUCACGUUAAUGCACGAAGUAGUGAUUCAAAGCGUUGUUUUUAAAGUUAAUGAAGGUGGACAUACUAUAGCAAGGCAAAUGAGUACCUCCAACAUGAUUUUCUUCCCCUAAAGCACUCACAAAUAUAACCAUUAGGGCUAUUUAAUCAAGUAGUUAAAGCUGCUAAACUGUGAUGUCAUAUCGGGCCACUCCCUCAACUGUUACUCGUUGUGUGACUUAUGCUUUAUUUUACUGCUUCAUUGUAGGACGCCAUGUGUAAGGUGAACCGUAGGAAACUAUGAUGGUACACACAUCCUGACCGUGAGAGUUAUGUGACUGAUAGCUGAUGAGAGUGUAGCUGAAUAUGUAUGUGUAUUUUAAUUCUGUGUUGUCUUUGCGGUCAAUGAAAAGGUAGCACUUGUGAUUUCUUUUUUUUCUUCUUUUUCUUUUUGUACCUCAUGUUAUCAGGAGCGAGCUGCGGCUUUACGAAGGUUUCUGUAAUAUCAAAAGGCAUAGUAUUUGUCCACUUAAUCAUUAAAAAUACGCAGAAAUACUUGCCUCUUUGCGCCCCCUAAAGAACCAGGAUUUCGAGUUUAGUCGUCGGUUGUCCUCGAGCUGUAAUAAGCUAAAAUGAGAGGUGUUCGGUGGACUCGGCCCAAGUUGUGCUGUAUACAAAUGUAACCUGACCGCAUAUGACAGUGCAGUCUCACACUAGCUUUAUUCAGAACAGCAGAUCAUAGAAGAGGAAGUUACUGUGAAAUGGGAAGCAUUUUUUACAGUUUGCAAUUGCAUUUGUAUUGCUUUUAAAGGAUAGAAAGAUCUUUUUUAAUUUAAUUAUUAUUUUUGUGUUUUUUGCCAUUUACAUUUAGAGGCAUUCUUCUGUUACAUCCCCGUCAGUCAAUGGUCGUGUAACAAUGGUACAUUCCACAUAGAGCUUAUCCCUUUAUUACUUACUUUAUAUUUCUUUAUGCACUGACCUCACAACACUAACUGUACAACUAGUAGCAGAUUAAAUGAGGCUACAUUGUGAAAACUUAAUAAACAUGCAUUCCUCCUUUGUAUUAAAAGAAAUGUUGUGAUCAUGAUCACAUA